CAAGGCCGAUCUUCAGCUGUCCGUGCCUUCAAGGUCCCGUCGCGCAAUUCGCGGUUGCAUUAAACUCUCACCCACAUUCCACCAUUUCGACGCUACCGAGACAAACACACUUCAGGAAUUUCAUCGCACGAACAACUAGGGAAUGAUUGCAAACCUCAACCGACCUGAAAUAGUCCAGCGGCUCUCAGCGACGAUACCCUCGCCAUAGCAUGGCCGACAACCCAGAAGAGCCAUCGCAAAAUGCGCUGGCCUCAACGUUCCCCAACCCGCCGCCGUUCUGGAGAGACUUUACCCCGGAAAACGUCGCUAGGAUAGAAGAGCUGCGGAAAACACAAGCAGAAAAGGAUGGCAUCGCUGUCAAGAACUUGCCAGCCCGCAUACCAGAUGUUCCCGAAAGCCUCAUGAAUCUCCAACCUCCGGCUGAGCCGCCAGCAGGAACAUGGAAAGUCUUGGGCGGAAACUAUACGCUCGACGACAAGCUUCCUUCUCUCGAGGAAGGUGAAAUCAAGCGAUUGGUACCGGCGCAUUCGGAGGAGAAGGACGGGAAGCAUCUCGAUCGAGCAUUCGAGCUCAAGAAAAUGGCCAAGUCUCUGCUUCUUAACUUUCUCGAGCUCGUUGCCGUCAUGGCUACGGUGCCUGACGACGCUGCUGCGAAAAUUGAAGAUUUGCGCACCCUCUUCAUCAACUUCCACCACGUCUUGAACGAAUACCGACCCCAUCAAGCUCGCGAAUCGGCUAUUGCGCUGAUGCAAUCCAAUCUCGAUCGUACAAGAGCGGAGACAGCUGCGAUUCGAGCCCAGGUUGACAAGGCCAAGCGAGUUCUCGAGGGCUUAGGAAGCCUUGAUACACCCAAAGCACCGGACAUUACCAGCUCAGUCAUUGAUGGCGAGCUGACUGGUAAAGAAGCGGAGACUUUUGCCAAGGCAAGAGAACAAGAAGUAUGGGGAGAGGCGGAUGCUUUGUUUCUUUAGCAAGGGAACGAGAUAUCAGCUGCUACGUGGGAAGAUAGCUUCAGGGCCCUCUCUCCGUGGGUCUUUGAGCAUCCUGGGGUCUGAAUACACGGAUUGGUCAGCAGGGUGAUGGCAGUGAUGAGCAAAGUUUCGUAGUGUUUUUGGCAAGCAUUGAUACCCAAUUUCAUACCCGACUAGACUAGGGAUGAGCCACGAAAAACGGGCGUCGACCAGACAAGGCAAUGCAGAAGGAGAUGGUCCCGCAACAUGAUAUUGGAUCAGACGACGAAGUAGGUGCUCUUCACGGGGUUUGCAAGGGGCAAACAGCCUUGGAGUCAACGACGUAGACGAUAGAAUAGCCACAAAGGCAAAUCAUGAAUUCAUGCUACACUGGAAUAGCACCAGCGUCAAAGAUAUCAAAAGCAGCAAACGGUACCAAUCCUCCACAGCGUCGCUACAUUCCGCCCUCCAGGAAGGUCCCAAACUCAAGCCAAAUUGUACUUCUGUUUCUGCCGCAGCGGAAUUCCCUUACAUGACGGUGCAGGGAAUGGGGAUGCAGCAGCACUCGUAUCCGUCGCACUCGAUGCACUUUGUCUUGCCGCCUGUGGCCUCGGCGGGCUUGACGAUGCUGUCGAUGAUGGAGGUGGCGGCGCUGCCGGGGCCGUUGCGGUUGAUGAGGCCGGAGGAAGCUGAGCCGCAAGCCAUUGUGAUUGCAGUUGGUGAUGGAAGAGCUUGGUAGUAGUAGGUAGAUGGGAAUCUACGAUGUUGUUCGUUGCUAAAGAUCUUAACUGUUGUUCAGCUAGACGCGCAUGUGACGUCACGGCUGGCGCUCUCUUACGAAUACUCACAGAUGACUACGUAGCAAUUGAAGCAACGGUUGGAUGGUUGAACCAGUUGAGCUUGAAGAUGUCGAAAGAAGGUUGAAACGGUUCAAGUAAUUUUAGAUUGAACAAUGGAUGUCUGUC